AUGAGGGGACAGCGCUCAAAGUCAUUCUACUCUCUGGUGAUCACCCUCCUGUGUUUGGGGAGCCUGCUGACCAUGCUCAUCUGGUGCAUGUUCGACAGCAAGUAAGUGUGUAUUUGAAUAUGUGAGUUUAUUCAUUUAUUUUUUUACUAAAACAGACUAAUUAGCUGUCUGUGUAAUUGUACAAAAUAACACCCACACAUUAACUGUGUCUAAAUUACUUUAUUUACAUAAUAAUGUUGGAUACUCUCAAACUGUAAAAAUAAAUACAAAACAAUUAGGAAUUACACUGAUGACACCCAUGUGUGACAGAAGUCUUUUAGCACAGUCAUUCAAAGUGAUGUCAGAGAAGUUUGACAGCAGCAGCCACAGUUGGUAAGGAUAUGGGUUAUGUUGUUCAACAGAUGCUUACGACUUCAAUCUGUGUUCGGACUUCUUAUGAAGCAUUACAGGUCUUGAACUUGACUGUAACUUAACUUUUUAAAAGUCUUUCUAUAGAAACUUUCAAACAGGAACAGAAGUUGAUGACAGCUGUAAAAGCAACAUGCCGCAGACUGCAGACAUUUGAAAACACUAACACCAACAGACAGACGUCUGCAGAUGACAUGUUGCUAUGUAGCAACAAGGUGUGAGUUUGAACACUGGUUGUUCAUUCAUGGUGUAUGAAGCUGACAUCUUUACUGCCCUCCACUGCAGAUACUGUAGAUUAGGUGAACAAUGAGUACAGAAGUUUGCAAUGACUGUGAAAAUAUGACAUCAAGCAGAUAACUUUUCAGUCUCUUAGACUGAAGAGCAAAGGACUUGGCGGUUAACAUUGUGCAUCUUUGUGAGGAAGUUUGUCAGUGGUUCUGACAAAUAUCUAAAUAUAGGGUCCAGAGUUUCGUGCUACACCUCUGAUAAUCUCAUAAUCCAGGUUGUUUUCUCUGCACUUUGCUUCCUCAUUCAACACAUCAUGUUUUCUCUCCGCAGCUUUGAUGGGCCCUUCAUACCAGUCCCUCAAAAGAAAAGGACCUAUCAGACAUCUGAACAUUGCAAGGACUGCAAGUGAGUGCAAACACCAUAACCAGGACUGCUUCUCCUGAAUGACAUUAAGGAAUGCCAGUGUUAAACAGAAGUCACUUAACUGACUGUGUGUGUGUGUGUGUGUGUGUGUGUGUGUGUGUGUGUGUGUGUGUGUGUGUGUGUGUGUGUGUGUGUGCUACAGGGAGGUUAUUGUAAAAGUGAUGCAGCAUUACUUUCAACCCUGGAAGAAGCAGAAGGACAAUUACCAAAAGUCCAGGUAAAAUAAGGGACCUUAUCUCCAGUUACAUGUUGUUACACUCAUAAAGCUACUACACUUAAAACAUACACACACAAGGACAAAAUUGUCGGUACCUGCCUAUUAAAGAAAGAAAAAUCCACAAUGGUCACAGACAUAACUUGAAACUGAUAAAGUAAUAAUAAGCAGUUAUUUAUUGAACAUUGACCCAUGAAAAUUGACAUUACUUUUGAAAUGUUGUUAAAAACAAUUAUAAAAAAAAAACCCUGACUGAUUAAAUUGGCCUGGACAAAGUAGUUGGUGCCUGUAGAAAAGAUUGAAAACAAUUUGACCAUAUUGACAUGUUGACCUAAAGUUGUCCCGUUGUUAGCAGGUGUCACAGGUGUCUUUAAUCUUCAAAGGUUAAGGCUAUAAGACCAUCUAAAAGCAGCUUGAUGUUCCUCUGACAACAGUUGCAAAUAUCAUUCAGAAGUUUGGGGUCCAUGGGACUGUAAUCAAUCUCCCAAAGAUGUGGACAAAAAAGCAAGACUGGAAUCUGCCAAACUGCAUAACGAUAAGAUACAAAUCUUUCCGCCAAACAAUACUGCCAUUGCCUUUGUCUCAUAGUCCUCUUUGAUAUUCCUUGUUUGAUGGGGAGGAGAAACACAUUUGCCCAGGACUGGAUGGUUGAGUCAUCAUUAAAAACUUUCUGGAAUGAUGUCUGUUUGUUAUCACUAAAAAGUUGUAGCACACCCUGUGAACUCUAAGAUAAACAGCAACCGGUAACACAAGUCACCAGCCAGGACUUGUUUCAUCUCACCAAUGUUAUACGCUUUGGUAGCUUUGGAUUUCUCUGAAUAGAAAUAGAGACCUCUAUUGUUCAUCCCAGCAUGGUGGAAGAGAAGAAUGAGGAAGCCUGUAAGGGGCUUAAUCCAUUGAUCAGUUUUCGGUUCUGGAAAUGUAUGCAAAUUAGUGUACAUUUAAUUAUAUAUUGCCUCAUUUACAUAUUUAAACAUAACAUUUGACAAAACUUGUAAUACGAAAAAUAUUUGUCUUAAUCUAAGUUAUAAAUUUGGGAAGUUUCAUAGUGAUAUCUGUUAGUCCAAAAUUUUACCCUAUUCAUCUGGGGUGUCUCCCCGGACACCUCUCUCGAGGUCAAACUUUGGUAAACUUUUAGUACGUUAUUAAGGACACCUAGUACUAUAAAAACAUUUUUUGGGGUUCUGGGUUUGGUGUUUUUUUUUCAAAUAUGCACCUGCCUAUUAAGGUGAAGCUCAGAAAUCAUUAAUCAGAGUGCCCUCUCCUGACAAAUAGCUGAAGCUGAAUAAGUCAUGUUUGAAUUUUUUCUAUCUAUCUAUCUAUCUAUCUAUCUAUCUAUCUAUCUAUCUAUCUAUCUAUCUAUCUAUCUAUCUAUCUAUCUAUCUAUCUAUCUAUCUAUCUAUCUAUCUAUCUAUCUAUCUAUCUAUCGACAGCUAAGUAGGAAGGAGAAGUGGAAAUAAGGAGGUGCAUUAGAUUAGAGGAACUAAACGCCAGAGUAAAUAUAGUACAUUCUAAAGUCCCAUGAGUUCUUGAAACACAAAGGGAUCUCACCCAAAAGACCCAAGACUGCUUCGGCUUCCUUGGGUGAGUUUGUGGAGUCAGCGGCUCUUAUUAAUCAAAUGAACGUACGGCAGAAAAGUGUCCGUAUGACCAUUUCCGUGCAAGAAUCGACAUUUAUCAAUUUGGAUGUCAAUUUGGAUAUUAUAAUUGUUAUUAUUAUUAUUGUUAUUAUUAUUAUUAUUAUUAAUUUGGAUGUGAGCGAAUGAACGAUACGAUCAAAUCUCACAACAGGUCUCACAUCGUGUACACAAAUUUGAGUAAGAUUUGCGGUGCAGCAAAUGUCUGUCUCAAAAUAAUUAAUAAACAAACCUCAAACCUGUCAUUAAGCACAAGCAGCCAGAUUUCGACAAGGAUCAAUAAAUAAAUAAAAUGAAUUUCUCAUGCCUAUAGAGUAAAUAGGCCUAUUUGAUUACCCUGCCGACCAACACUGCCACAGAGCAGAGCGCAGUUUUGACACACGCACAUGCGCCUAUGUGGUGCGCUGCUUUUGACUCCAAAAAGGCACUCCAAACACUUUCAAUAAUAGGAGCGAUAUAGCUUAUGUUAUGGCAAUCAAAAAAAAUGAGGCAUGUAUGAGAUAUGAAUUUAUCAGCAUUAGGAAUUUAUUGACUAAUGAUUUACUAAAACUUCAGCUGCCACCCGCUAUUCCGCAGCAUCGCUGUUUACCGCUACUGUAAUCCUGUUCGAGACAGGGUUUUUCUGGACUCCCUUUAUAACAGUUUUGAUGCCUCCAAAGAGCACAUCCUUGAUAUUUUCCACUACAGAGGUGAGGAUAUCCACUUUCAGCUUUCAGUUCUAUUCAUGGUUCAGCUUCUGAACCAUGAAUAUUUAAGGGCAUGACAUGUAAAUGGCAAUCGAUUUCAGCCGCCACUUUUAUCAAGACCCAAUCAUUAGUAUGAUGGGAUUGGUCAGGUACGAACCCUUUCAUAAAUCUAACGUGUGUCCUAUCAUACCAUGAAUCCUGCGUUUAGAUCUGUGCUCAGUUAUACCAAGACUGAUAAAUGAGGGCCAGUAUGUCUGCAACAGAAGAAGACCCUUUUUAAGUAUAAGCUGUAAAAAUGUACCUGUUCAGUCAGCCCUCAUUCUCUUCUGACACUUUUGUCUCUAUUUAUCCAAAGAGCUCAGCUGAAGAGUGAGUGUCAGGGUUUUGAUAAGGCCAUCAUUACCCAGGCCAACACUCCAGUGGGAACCAAGCUGGUCUAUGAUGGAGAAAAGAGGACUAUCCAGGUGACACCAGAGAUGUUUAGCACCUUUACAAAGGUAUUUGUAUUUGUGCUGCUACUACAUACUGUAAAUAUUUUGUAUUUAACCUAUAAAAAUAUAACACAACUAUCCAGGUAUGUCAUACACUCACUUCUGGUUGGUCAAAGCUCCUAAACAGUGGUGAUAAAUUCUCAACAAUAACAAAAUAACGCCUAGGAUAAUGAUGGCCGCUUUGUCGUGUUGCUCUUCCGGCGUCUCCAAGGGCGCGUACUGGUGCUGUGAUCCAGAUCCCUUUUUACGCUCUCCAAUGUGUUGUCUAUGUCCCCUGUCCACUGGCUCAAUCGUUGUCUUUCUUUUGCUCACUAAACUGUGAGUGUUCAGAAAUAACACAGAGCAGAUGUGUUCAUGUUUAUUAAAAUGAUUAAACCUAGGUGUGGAUAUCUGUGAAAGAAAGCAUGAGAAGUCAUGCUAGCUGAUGUACUUUGUAGUUUGAUGUGAUGUGCAACGUGUCUUCAUGCUGACCUUUGGCAGUCAGUAUUUCCCUGUUUGGAAAAACUGGACUGCUCAAGAAUUUGCAGAAAGGAACACCAUGGUGUUCAUGAAGGUUUGUGGAAUUCAAGCCUCUCAUUGGCUGCUUUGUGAAUAUUUUACAAAAAGAAACCAAUGUGAACUUUUUGAAGGUGAAACAGGGGAGGGAUCAGCAACCUGAGUCAGUAUGCAUAUAUCUAUCUUAUCUUUUUUUAAGAAAUACAUUUUAUUUUCUGACAUAAAUUUUCUGAAAUAAAUAAAUUGUAUCCCUUUAUUUGGAAAAGGAUCAAACUACAGUACUAAAUUCUCCAUACAAUCAUAGUUCCUUUAGACCUACUCGUAGGUUUUUGUUUAUUGAAAAUGGUUAUCUGUUAGUUUGCAGGUCCUGGAUGAAAGGGAUAAAUAGCUGCUACAUAUUUGCAAUGAACAAACAUAUUGCGUUUGCCACUUACGAGUUUAUCAUGCAAAGCAUAAAUACUCUGAAGUAUCAUCCCCUCUUUAAGAAAUAGGUUGCAAGUCAUUGUCACAAUGUGAUGCGAAAUCUGCUUUGAGUGAUUUAUAUAUAAUUAUAUGUUAUACAAUAUGGUAUACAGGCUCAGGACAAGUUUAGUCAAGAUUGAAUGAUCCAAACCCCCUGCUGUCUGACAAGUCCAUGUAGCUGCUCUUGGGCAGUACACACAUCUUCUUUUUAUGCAGGACAAGUUUUAAACUUGUAUCAUUUCCAGGAGUAUCCUUUCCCAAAUAAAACAUGGGACACAUGUGCAGUGGUCGGGAAUGGAGGGAUCAUGGCUGAAAGUGGCUGUGGAGAGAUGAUUGACUCAGCUCAGUUUGUCAUCAGGUGGGGAAGGUGUUCAUAAAGAGUAGACUGAAGAGCUCAUGAUAGCAUUAUUCAGAUCAUCACAGACCUUUUUUGUUGUUUGUUCAGAUGCAACCUACCUCCACUGAAAAAUGGCUUUGAGAAGCAUGUGGGCGUCAAGACCAACCUUGUCACAGCCAACCCGAGCAUCCUCUUUAAAAAGUGAGUAAGACAACAGAUUGUCCAGUAUUUUCACUUCAAAUUUUUCUCUUUUUAAUCACUUUGAAUCUGCUGUUGAUUUUCAGGUAUGGGUCUCUGAUGGGGCGUCGCCGUCUAUUUGUGGAGAAUCUACAGAUUUACGGCGAUUCCUUACUGCUCCUUCCUGCUUUCUCAUAUGGCUCUAACACUCCUGUAUCUCUGCGGGCUGCAAAUGCAAUCGAGGACUUUGGUAGCCCCAUAAGGCCCAUCUUCUUCAACCCUGAAUACCUCAAGAAAUUGGCUGCCUUCUGGCAGGGGCAAAGCCUGCGGGCUGUGCGGCUCAGCACCGGGAUAAUGAUGGCUAGCCUGGCACUAGAACUCUGCAGAGAUGUGCAUGUGUAUGGGUUCUGGCCCUUCGGUUAUCAUCCACAUAGAUUCUAUGACCUGAAAUACCACUACUAUGAUGACACACCAUUUCCACGUGGAUUGCACGCCAUGCCGGCUGAGUUUGAACUCUUGUUACAGCUGCACAGACAAGGGGUGCUAAAGCUUCAUCUUGGAGACUGUUGA